CUUGUGACAGCUGUUGUGCGCGCGCGCAGGUUUGUUGUAUUUCGCGGGAGAGGCAAUCAGCGCGCGCGCUCAGCCGCACAACUGUUUAUAUUUUCACUCGUUUCUGAAACAACAUGAGUUUGUGGGUUGAUAAGUACAGACCAACAUCUCUAGCGAAGCUGGACUAUCACAAAGAACAAGCAAAUCAGCUAAGAAAUCUGGUACAAUGUGGCGAUUUCCCACACCUGCUUGUUUAUGGUCCGUCUGGUGCUGGCAAGAAGACAAGAAUCAUGUGUCUCCUCCGUGAGCUGUAUGGCGCUGGGGUGGAGAAACUCCGGAUUGAACACCAGUCCAUUGUAGCCCCAUCUAAAAAAAAGAUUGAAAUCAACACAAUUGCCAGUAAUUACCAUUUGGAGGUGAAUCCAAGUGAUGCAGGGAAUAGUGACCGUGUUGUCAUCCAAGAGCUGAUCAAAACAGUGGCUCAGUCACAGCAGAUCCAAUCCAGCACGCAGAGAGAGUUUAAAGUGGUGCUGCUGACAGAGGUGGACCGGCUCACCAAAGAUGCACAGCAUGCCCUGCGCCGGACCAUGGAGAAGUACAUGGCCACCUGUCGCCUCAUCCUGUGCUGCAACUCCACCUCUAAAGUCAUCUCUCCAAUCAGGAGCAGGUGCCUGGCUGUGAGAGUGCCACUGCCCAGCACAGAGGAGGUGUGCAGUGUUCUUAUGGGUGUGUGCAAAAAGGAAGGGCUUCUUCUCCCAGCUGAGCUGGCCAGACAGAUCGCAGAGAAGUCAGGCCGCAACCUUCGCAAAGCCCUACUCAUGUGCGAGGCAUGUCGAGUGCAACAGUAUCCUUUCUCUGCGGAUCAGAACAUUCCAGAAACAGACUGGGAAGUGUACCUAAGAGAGACAGCGAAUGCCAUCAUCAACCAGCAGAGCCCACAAAGACUUUUGGAAGUUCGGGCAAGACUUUAUGAACUGCUAACCCACUGCAUUCCGGCAGAAAUCAUCAUGAAGGGGCUUGUGACUGAGCUGCUCAGUAACUGUGAUGGUCAUCUGAAACCUGAUGUGGCUCAAAUGGCAGCCUAUUAUGAACACAGGCUACAGCUGGGCAGCAAAGCCAUUUACCACCUGGAGGCCUUUGUGGCGAAAUUCAUGGCUAUCUAUAAGAAGUUUAUGGAGGAUGGACUUGACAACUUCAUGUUCUGAUUCCUCUCCAUCAUCUUUCUAUAUUUUUGUUUUGGCUCUAAAAUAUCAAAAAAAAAAUUUCUCUGUAAUAAACAUAACCUUUGUUAAGAUUU